AUGGAAGACGCCGUGUUCCCAGCAACGCUGCGACAACUUGACGUGUCAUCGACGCCUAUUGCAAACUGGGGGAACUUUACACCGCCGACGGACUUGUCCGACCUGAUGGUACAGGACAGCUCGAUUGAGCGACUUGGACCAGCGAAUUUCAGUGCGUGCGACCGGUCAUUUACAAUGGAUUUUUCAGGAAACAGCAUCACUACAAUUCAAGGAGUGAAAUUCCCACCCAACCUCCGCACCUUAUUUCUUAACGGGAGUAGAGUGACACAAUUCGAAGUGUGCAAGUCCGAUGUGCAGGUUCUUGAGCAGCUUCAGGCCUUCAACGUCACUUCUCUCAGUCUAUCCGAUGACUCGUGCUCACAUGGUGCCAUCCAGACACCAAUAAUGAUAGCGAACUCCAGCUACUCUCUCUGCGUACUGACAGAUGCCACUUUCGACGACAAGUAUCGAGCCCGUAAAGUCUCCUCGUCCACCUCUCUCACCACGCUGCUAUUGCUGCUGUUCUCCGUCGCGUCCGCAGUCUUCAUUCUGUUGAUGCUCUUCGCUAUUAAGCGAAAGAUUAUUGAUGAGCGUCGAGCGAAGGCAGCGCGUGCUGAGAAACUCGAGACUGAGCACCCAACGAAUGACGGAAGCAGCGAAGACGAAGAGAGCGACAAGAUGAAGAUGAGUUCCGCUAUUCUAACCGAUGACGUUCGCAGCGAUCCCGACUUUGAGCGCUACCGUAUCCCUCAACACGACCUCGAGGUUAUAAAGCAAUUGUCCAAAGGAGCUGGUGGCGUUGUGCACCUCGCAAAGUGGAAACCAAAGAACGAACAAGUCGUGGUAAAGCGUGUGUCCCCCGAGAAAUCCAAAAGUGUCCGCGAACUGCAGCGUUUUACCCGGGAAAUCCGUCUGUAUGGCAGUUUAAAACACCCCAAGAUCGUAACGUUCCGAGGCAUCGCCUGGUCCUCCCUGGCUGACUUGUCACUCGUGCUCGAGUACAUGCCCAAUGGAGAUCUGGCGCAGUUUUUAGAGAGACAGCAGAUGCUGGACAGUCAACGUCGAGGAUGGAGCUGGUCGACCGACGAGGACUCUGGUUUUAAACACAGCAAGUUGACGGUGGCUCUGGACGUUGCUGAUGCUCUGGUGUAUCUGCACUCGUUCGCAGAGCCCAUAAUGCAUCGCGACCUGAAGGCUCAGAACAUUUUACUCAGUAACAAAUGGGUGGCCAAAAUCAGCGACUUUGGAGUCAGUAAGAGACGCAAGCAGCGCAAUGAACAGCGGGGCGUGUCUUCUGGUGGACCUCAGACGGCGGAGGUGGGGACUGCUGCGUGGAUUGCACCUGAAGUGAUCAAAGGCGCCCGGUACGACCAGAAGGCGGACAUCUAUUUCUUCGGCGUGGUGAUGUGUGAGCUGGAUACCUGUUCAAGGCCGUACGCUUUGGGCGUUGCUAACUCACAUUCUGCUUCGGGGAUGACGUCGUUCACGUCUUUAAAUGAUGAAGAAGUCAAAAGUUUAUUGUCAUCUAACGCCACACUGGCGUUGGCUGUGAGCGAGAAAGGAGUGAUGCCAGCGUUCCAUUCGGAUUGUCCGCGAGCGAUUCUCGACCUGGCGCGGAUGUGUUUAAGCUAUGACCCGGAGGAGCGACCGACAGCGAAGGAACUUUGGCGCUUGUUACAGGACCUGACUGCACCUGGAGCUUUACUGACGACCUCACGCAAGGCGACGUUGACUGAAUCGCUCCGACGAGUAAGUACGAGUGCGUGAGGGUAAGUGCUUGGUGCAAAAUGUAGGCUAUAGGUUUCAUCUACAAACAUGCUUUAUUGCCUCGCUCUUAUGAUCGGAGACCACGCCGAUGUACGCCUGAUAUGCACAGAGAUAAAGAACUCGAUUUCCGAUCUAAGAUGUGGGUGCGGCCGGUGGUUCAGUCUCCUCAGCUCCAGAAGCGGCGGGUGCUUGAGUCUCCUCGGCACCGGACGCAGCGGGGGCUUCGGGCUCUUCAUCGCCAGAAGCGGCCGGCGCAGAGCCGUCACCGGACGCAGGUGCAGGAGCAGGAGCAGAGCCAUCGCCAGAAGCCGGGGUUUCCGGUUCAUCGUCACCAGAAGCGGCCGGCGCUGAGCCAUCACCGGAUUCGGGGGCCGGCGCAGAACCAUCACCAGAC